CAUGGUGUGUAUUUUCUUAUUUUAGUUUUUGUAGUGAUGACUUUACUCUUCAUCCAUUAUUCUUAAAUGUAAGUAAUUAUUUGAAUAUACUGUGAGAAAUUCAUUAUUUAAAUGAUUAGUUUUCCUUUUAAUUUCUUACAGUUCAAAUGGAAGCGAAAUAAUGUCAACAUUCCCGUUGAUGAUGUUUGUUUAUGGCUUUAGAAAUUACUGAAGAAACAAAUUAGGCAGUGAAUCAGUUAUCAAAACUGAAUAUGUUCGUGUCUGAUGACAGUGUCAUUUUGUGAAUGUGGACAUGGAGAAAUCCCCUGUUGCUCCAAAAAGAAAAAUGGGAGAAGAAAUAACAGAAAACUUUGAUGGAAAUGGCAUUAUAAAAAAAUCUAAGGGAAAUCAUGUCCGUAGUGAGGGAUUUGCCAUCACUGAAGUGCGAAGUGACCUCUUUACAUGUUCAGAUGGCACUUCUUUAGCACACUGCAUAUCACAAGAUAUACGGAUGGGCAAAGGUAUUGCAGCUCAUUUUAAGACAAAGUUUGGUGGUGUUCAGGAACUGGCUGAGCAGGGUAAGAAGCCUGGUGAUGUUGCCAUCCUUAAACGAGGCCAAAGACAUAUUUAUUAUUUAGUCACCAAGGAGAGGUACUGGCAUAAACCUACUUAUUUGAGUCUACGAUCAUCUUUAGAAGCAAUGAAAAAACAUGCCGUGGAGCAUGAUGUUGCUGCCAUUGCUAUGCCUCGCAUUGGAUGUGGCCUAGAUGGUUUAGUGUGGGAUCGUGUUCGAGAUAUCCUCACUGAUAUAUUUAAGGAUACAGAUAUAAAGAUUUCUGUUUAUUCUCUUUGAAGAGCACAUGUAUUAUUAUUAUUAUUACAUUUUUUAGGUAUUUCAUAAAACCGCUUGUGAAUGUAUGGUUUUGUAUUUGAUGUACGUACAUGUCAGAUUUGUAUAUUCAGCCAUGGUAGGUGAGUAUAUUUUGAUGAUAUAAAUAUUUUAUAAGUAGGCAGGGCAUCUUUCUUGAUAGAAAUAUUACUCAAGUGCCAGAUCUAAAAUGUCAUCUAUUGUCAUUAUUUUACUUAAUAAUCUUCAUUAUUAUCAUAGAGGGAAGUAAUAUUGCCCAGCAUCUGCUGUGGUUUCCACUUCUGUGGCAGCUCUAUUGAUAAUUAAGGUGUUGUGGAACCACAAAUUAUAUUCAGAUGCCAAAUGCACAAAACUAAAGAUAUAUGGCUUCCUUAUAAUGUGCAUGUAUCAUACAAAUACACAUGUGUGCAAACACACACACACACACACACACACACACACACACACACACACACACACACACACACACACACACACACACACACACACACACACACACACACACUCAGAAAAUAAGCUUUUGAAUGAGUAAUAUAGUAUCUAAUAUCCUAUAAGUACUAAAUAUUAUACUAAUGCUAUAAUUUUUAUAUGGUGGAAUAUUCAUACUAUAGAAUACAUGUGACACCAUAUUUUCAUGGUGAACUUUUUUUUACUUUUAUUUUAUUUUUAAGCAACUUGAGUUCUUUUGUUAAGCAAGAUGAAAAUUGAUAUCUUGUACCAUAUGAGAUUAUGUACAUAAGAACCAUAUCCUAAUUUAUAAUGAUAGAAUAAUUACUUUUUAAGCUAACAAUGGGGAACAAAUGAGUUGGUUCAUUAGAUAAUGCUGACCUAUGAAGUAGCUAUAUCUUAAUUGAGAAAAUAAUUACAUUAACCAACUAUUUAUCUUAUGAGGAUGAAGAGGUAAAGUUUCUUUUUUGAAAAGUGAACUGCAAUAUGUUCACAAGCUUAUUAGAUCAGAUUAGGUUGAUGUAACAGGCUAAUUUUUUAUGAUUUGUUUUGUAUGCCUGUAUCAGCAGAAAUUUACACUUCUUUGUUUUGCUGACUGGACUUACCAUAUUAGGUCAUCAUUAUCAUCACCAUCAUAAUUAUUUACCACCUUAAGCCAUCAGAAUCUUCUCCCAAACAACGAAGGAAAAGCAUGUUGGUGGUCCAGACAUCUUGUCAAACUAUUAUGCAAUGUGUUUGUUUCAACAUGAUGCUGUAUAUUUAUGGAUGAAUUAAGUAUAUCCCAAAUAACUGCAGACCAAGCAAGAAUCAAAAAUUCUUUAGGAAAUGUUGAACAUGAGUAAAAACAUGAACUGGCUUAUCAUAGGCAAUAUUGUUUUCUUGUCUGCUAUGCUACUCGUUGCCACCAAAAAUAUUAUGUCUGACAAUUGUUAUAGAGAUUGAAAUACAGGCUUUCCAUAGCAGUAUGAUAAUUACUGUCAUAAAGAGUUGUUUCAACUUUCAUUACAUGUAAACAAUUUUAUUUAAGAAAAUAACUGGU